AAUCAGUAUGAAUAGUUAGUCAUACAGUCAUCACGAUGAAUAACCGUGUGUCGUGACAGAUCAUCGUAUGAGCGUAUCUUUAACGUGAUCUGCGUAACAGCUUGUAGUGAUCAUCAUGAUCGCCACUUGAAACGUGUGAAAAUACUCAAACGAUAAUAUAUUUAUUAUUAUAAGAUGCAUUAUUGCGUGAGUGAUUGAAAAAAAUACACAUCUGAUCAAUAGCAUGCACGACAAAACAUUUUUAGGCUAGAAUUGUGUCCUGUAUAAAUUGUGAGAAAAUUUGCUAAAAUGUCUAUUGAAUUGACUGAAGUAGCAUCCUGUAGGAUGGACCGUACGGCAUCCCAAGAUUCUGAAUAUGAUGAUGCUUUAGAAGUACCUGAUUCAUUAGAAAUAACAAUUAAUGAGAAUGGAGAGACAAUACGAGUUUCUAAAGAAGAAGCAGGACAUACAUGUAAUAAAGAAAUUCCUGGUACAGUACCUUUCACUGUUAUACACAAUCCACCAACAAAAUUAAAAAGUCAGAAUCACUGUGUAUUUAUUCCUGGUGAAGAAGUGCACGUAAGAAUUAUAGAUAAUGAACGUAGUGUUACCACACAUCCUUUGAAUCCAAAUCUAUAUACCAUAGAAUUUAGACAUGGAUCUUUUGUUUGGACUAUUAAAAAACGAUAUAAACAUAUUCAAUACUUGCAUAAUCAAUUGAAAAUAUAUCGUGCUAGUUUGAACAUACCUUUUCCUACGAAAAGCCAUAGAGAGAGGAGGAACAGUCUGAAAAAUCAUGGGACUUUGAAUGAGAAAAAGAAGAGACGUAGUGCUUUACCAAGAUUUCCUAAUAAACCUGAUAUUCUAGUGCCUUAUGAACAGUUGAAUCAGAGGAGAAAAGAACUAGAAGAUUAUUUAAGCAAUUUACUCAACAUAGAAAUCUACAGACAACAUCCUGAAACUAUUGAUUUUUUGGAUAUUUCACACUUGUCCUUCGUGGCUGAUUUAGGAAUGAAAGGAAAGGAAGGUACAAUUUUAAAGCGGACUGGAUCAGGCGCUAAAACCAGAUGCAACUUCUGUGGUUUGUUUGAAUGCGGAUUUUGUUUUAAAUGCAACUAUCUCUGUGCCUCUCUUUGUGGAAAAUGGAACAAGAGACAUCUCAUCGUUAAGGAUACCUUUGUCGCAUAUCUUACUCCUCAGAAUGGCAGAAUAAAAUCUGUUAUUUUGAUGGACAAUGGUUUUGGAGUCAGUUUUGGAAUGUAUACUACAGGUUCGCGAACUGGCAUGCAGAUUUCGAACUUGAGCAGGCACAUAGUUAUCAAAUGCUGGACAAAACGAAAAGUUAAGGAAUGGAUGGAAUUUAUACAAGAAGUUAGUAACAGAGAAGGCAAAGAAUUUAUACAAACAAAUCCACAUAACUCAUUUGCUCCGUAUCGUUCAUCCAUAUCUGCAACUUGGUUUGUGGAUGGAGCUGAUUAUAUGUCAGCUGUGGCUGAUGCAUUGGAAAAUGCCAAAGAAGAAAUUUUUAUUGCAGACUGGUGGCUUUCACCAGAAAUUCAUAUGAAAAGACCAAUGUUUAAUGGAGAUUAUUGGCGACUGGAUAAAAUUUUACAAAGAAAAGCAUUUGAAGGUGUCAAGAUAUUUAUACUGAUAUAUAAAGAAAUUGAAGUCGCUUUGGGGAUAAAUAGUUAUUACAGCAAACAAAAACUCGUGGAACAAUGUCCUGAGAAUAUAAAGGUAUUAAGACAUCCAGAUCAUGCAAGGGCAGGCAUUUUUCUUUGGGCUCAUCAUGAAAAAAUCGUAGUUGUUGAUCAAUCUUUGGCAUUUCUCGGUGGAAUUGAUUUAUGUUACGGUAGAUGGGAUACCACUGAACAUAAAUUGAUAGAUUUAGAAUCCAUUCAUCAGUCGAGUAUUUACAUUUCCUCAAAAGAUAAACAGAUUAACACCAGUAGUAAAAAAGUAUUAGCUUGCACCACUGAGAGACAUGUGCUAUUGCCAUUGGCAAUUGCAACAAAUACUAUCGCAAUGGCAACCACAAGAUCUAUGCCUCUGCUACCUAUGAUGAACAGCAAAGAACAAAAAGCUCUAGUACCAACAGACGACUCGCUCUUCAUGCUGCAAGAAAAAAAAGAUGUAAAGUGCAAUACUCCUGAGCUGCAAAAGAAGAAUCUAUUCGACGUUGCGAAAACAACUGUUGACAAAAUGAAGAACACGGCGAAAAUAAAGAGACAGGAAUUAAUUAAUAUGGUGUACAGUUCUCACGAGGCGAGUGGCGAUGAAGAUGCGGAGAACAAUCAAGUGGAAUUUGAAGAUGCAGUGGAUUAUGCUUGCACCUUAAAACCUGCGACAAAGUUGUGGUUGGGCAAAGAUUACACAAAUUUUAUCGUUAAAGAUUUUAACGAUCUUCAGAAGCCGUAUCAGGAUCUCGUGGACAGAACAACAACGCCUAGAAUGCCAUGGCACGAUAUUGGAAUGUUAGUGCAAAACGCUGCGGCUAGAGAUGUAGCUAGGCACUUUAUACAGCGUUGGAAUGCCGCCAAGCUAGAAAAAGCAAAUCCGAAUCCAUGUUACCCUUAUUUAUUGCCAAAAUCGUACAAAGACUGUAAGAGCUACGCUCCGUUUAUCAAAGAUGCAAAUAAACAUAAUGUCACGUGUCAAGUACUGCGAUCGGUGAGUUCUUGGUCGGCCGGUUUUCUCGACUCAGACACGGUAGAGCGGAGUAUACAAGAAGCUUACAUCCAAGCCAUUAGUAAAGCAGAAAGAUACAUAUAUAUAGAAAAUCAAUUUUUCAUAACACUCGCCUCCAUGGAGACGGGUGGCGUAAAGAAUCGCAUCGGUGAGACACUAUUAAAAAGAAUCUUGAGAGCACACAGGGAAGGUGCGGUGUUCAGAGUAUUUGUUGUAAUGCCUUUAUUGCCGGGCUUCGAAGGAGAAGUUGGGGGACCAAGCGGAACGGCAUUACGAGCGAUAACGCAUUGGAAUUAUGCUUCUAUAUCGAGGGGAAAGGACUCUAUUCUACAUCAACUGAGAGAGGCAGGUAUAGAAGAUCCUAGCGAAUAUAUUACAUUCCAUGGCUUAAGGACCCAUUCUAUGCUAAACGGCACACUGGUGACGGAACUUAUCUAUGUUCACAGUAAACUGAUAAUAAUAGAUGAUAACACAGUGAUCUGUGGAUCAGCUAAUAUAAAUGACAGAAGUAUGGUUGCUACACGGGACAGCGAAAUAGCCGUAAUAAUUCAUGAUCAAGAAUUUGUGGAUGGACGUAUGAACGAUAUACCGUUCCCUUGCGGAAAAUUUGCUUCGUCUCUAAGGAAACAAUUAUUCCGCGAACAUCUGGGACUGUUGAAUACUAAGGAGAACAUCAACAUCGACGAUGUCAUUAUCAAGUCCUUCUACAAAGAUAUAUGGUGCGCUAGAAGUAAACGAAACACAGAAUUACACGAAGAAGUAUUUCAAUGUAUUCCCACCGAUAAAGUAGUCAAUUUUGCUAUGUUGAAGCAAUAUCAAGACAAAAUACCUCUUUCUUUAUCUGAUUCAUUACUAGCGCAAGAAAUGGUAGAAGAUAUUAAGGGUCACUUGGUCGACUUGCCAUUAAAUUUCUUAUGCAAUGAAGAUUUAAAACCUGCUACUGGCACAGUAGAAGGAAUAAUGCCAACCGCGUUGUGGACGUAAGUCGUGCUGUCGUAAAUGAAUGUUUUUGUAAAUUUUUUCCAAUUGAGUACAUGUACAUUCUCGUACACAGAAAUUAAUAAUAGAAAAUUUUUAUAUAUUUUACGACUUUAAGAAUACAUGGUGCAAUAUUUUGCCGUUUUUUAACAUAAUUUUUAAUUAGUAAUAUAAAAAGAUUAGUAAACAAAAAAGGCAAAGAAAAAUUUUAAUCACUUUAAUAUAUAAUAUAUAGAUAUAUUCAAAUUUCUAUUUUUAAUUUAUUAACUCAAGUGACAAUAACUGGUCGGAUUUUCACCGGCAAGCGAAUUGUAUAUAAUUUAAGAACAUAGAGUACUUAUAUCAGGUACAACCAUUUUCAAUACCUCAAAUAUUUUUCCAUACAUACAGAGUAUUGGUGCAAAUUUUGAGAUAAUUAUAAAAAUUAAUUUUUAUCACUGCGAGUGUUAACUGCCGAAAGUUUUAAAACGUAUCAAAAACUUUGAGAAUUCUUUAAGAAGCAAUCCGCAACAGAGAUUGCAGAUUUUUUAAUUUUAUUGAUUGUGCAAUUAUAAAAGUUAAAAGUUUAAAAAAUUCUAAAAAAGAAAAUUUUUUUUAGAAAAAAUCGUAGUUAUCCAAUGCUUAAGAAUUAUGGUAAUUUACUUUGUUCAAAUAUAGUAGGCAUUAUUACUUAACAAUGAUUGUAUUAUCAAAAUUUACCAAGUUACUUAAUAUUAUUUUAUUUGAACGUAUAAAAUGUUGUCUUUUAAACAUUUUAUUAGUGUUAUAUUAAUCAAUUAUUUGAGAUUUUCAUUGAAAGCAUCACUAAUAAGCAUUGCAAUAAAUACAAAUUAAAGUACAAAAAUAUUUUAAUAUAUACUAAAAAAUCUUCAUAUUUCUCACUAUCUCUAAUGUGAAAUGAUUGAUGUGUCCGUAUAAAAUUAGUGCACUUAUUAAUAAAAGAAAGGUUUUUUAGAAAAAAGAGAAAUAGUGCACAAUAAAAUUGCACAUGUUCGAAAUAUGC